CUAAAUUCUAAUUUAAAUAAGAGGGUAUAAUAUGUAGAACAAAUGAGCAUCGAUCUAACUAAACAAAGAAAUCUAGAAUUAAAGCAUGAAAAAUCUGUUCAAAAAGUUGACUAACAAAAGCAAUCGAGGACUUGAUGAUAAUAAUCAUCUUCACCAACACCAAACACCACCACCACAACCACCACCACAACCAAGCUUCAUUCCGUCAGCAUGUGCUCAGCACUCGCCGGCUUACUCCAGCACCGAGCCGCCCCUGGCCUACCCCUACCACCAACCUCUACAACAAGGGUGCGUUAUGAACUCCGGUAGUAACACAAAUGGAUCCGGUGCACAGAAACAAGAAGAUGGCAAGGAGGAUAAUGAAAAGAAGAAAUCAGGAGGUGUAAAUAUAGGCAAAAUUGGUGGAAAUCAUGGCAAUGCAAAUGGAACUAAUGUAACCGGUCACAUUACCCUUGGCAACAUUGGUUGAACUUAAAACUUUAGUCUAUCAUGCAUGUUUUAAUAAUAAAAAUACCUAUCUAUGUUUUUUUUUAUCUUGUUAAGCAUUUUGUGGAUGAUUGAUCACUCAUAUCAUAACUUAUAUUAAUUAAUGAGAUGGUCAUUUGUGUGUGUCAA